AUGACGUUGUUCGAAAUAACGCCUGAAUUGAAGAAGAUCAUCGAGGAAUCUCCUCUUGAACCCAAGCUCGCUGGAGAAUUAGUGGCACAGAAGUACAUAUCACACACCAACUUGGCCCAGUUUUACAACCUCUACCAUCCAACCCCAACGUUUCUUGGGCUUGUACAAAAGGCCAGGCUCAGGACCAGAAACUAUGAUGAGCCCAAAAAGGCCCAAACUCCGGAGUUCAUCAAGUCCAUGGAAAGACUCCGUUUGGAGGCCAAGGAACGUGAGUACGAAAGGCUCGUCAACCCCUCGCCACAACAUCAAACGUUGUAUGAGCAAUCCAACGACCAGUUGACGCCUGCACAAGCCCACAAGGAGCUCAAAAGCCAGGUCACAACCAUCGUGAAUAUCCUCAUAAGUGUGGCCAGUGUGGCCUACGCCAUCUGGUAUUGGACGGACACCUCGUGGAAACUCAAGGACUCGUAUAGAAUAUUGCUUUGUUUGUUCUUCGCGUUGUUGGUAUUGGUGGCCGAGGUUGUGGUGUACUUAGGGUACUUAAACAAGAUUGAAGAUGCCAAGGUGACAGAGCGUAGGACAAAAGAGGUCAAAAAAGUUCUUAGAUCAGUUGAUUUGAUAGCGUUAAAAGUGGUAUAA